AUGCGUCAAUCAAACCUCCAAACCCCGUCGUCCGGCGGCUAUCUCGCCGACGAUGAAGCAUCACCAAGUCCAACAACAAAUACACCCCAAGGUGAAACUUCACCCAACAAUCGGGCCAACAACGCCUCUAGAGGCAGCCGCAGCCAAGCGGGACACAAUGAUGAGGCACGAGAGCCUGUGCCGCCUUCAUCGGAGGGACCACUCGAAACAAGACUGCUAGGUGAGAAUGCCCAAGAUAACGCCUCCGCUAAUCUCCAGCCGUCUGCCGCAGCCGCGGGACCCUCGAACCCAGAUCUCGGAGACACGACCACCGACAACACUGACUCCGAGGCCCUCGCAAUGGGAACACUUCACGACGACAUCAUUGGCGGCGUGCCACCGAGCGCCCAGGAGCCAUUCCAGAGCACUGACCUAGCGCCAGCCGUCGCCGCCGGUAACCAGUACGCCGCUCUACUGACAGAGAACUACCGGGACCUCCUACGUGCGGUGUGGAACGACGAGCGAGACAAGCGGUCUGCGCUGCUCGGCCUGCCGCUGAUGACUUGGUGGGAAAUUACGAUACCGUUGCUUGCGACAGUGCCAGGUCCGCUCCUCAACGAGAUCAUGAUCGGAAACAUCAGCCAGGCAGCCAGAGGAACUGGACCUCUCGCCGACAUACUACAAUUCGGCAAAGCGAACAGCACUGACCGGCCGGCUGUUUACAGCUUGGCCUUGGUCGACGAAAGGUCAGGCGAGGCGCCGACGCCGAAUGAACUUCGGGAGAUGCUGGAGGUGAUGGCGAAGUAUCCGUUGCGCGAACACGACCAACUUGCCAGUGAAGUUGACGCUGCCAUGCCGACUCAACAAUCAACCGAGAUGCCAGCUUUAAGCAGCAGAAAGUAUCUUGAGACGGAGGAUGGUGACAUCUCACCCGAGAGAGAAAGCAACGUCGAGGUUUUCAGGAAAGCGCUCACAGCCCGCCUGGACCAGAUACCGGCGGAAGAUGCGGACAAGCCAAUGUCACGUCCGCUCCAGCGAUUUGGCUGGACAAUUGCUUCAAGGACCGAAGACGAACUUCACCUUCGCCAUGACGGCUUCAAUUACAUAAUGGGGCUCACAGAGUCGAUUUUCCGCUACCUCAACCACCACCAUCUGCCCAACAAUUACCGAUUGGAUGCAAAUCCCAUAUGUUUCAUGUGGGAGCCGGAACAUCCGGUUGCUGGAGAAAUCCUCUUCACUUGCAUCGGGGACGGCUACACCGAGAAUGGCGGCGGUUUCUCUUACAACAGUGCUGAUCAAAACAACAACAGUGCCGAUAUCUACAACACUAGACUGGGGGAGGCCACUGCAAGAUUCGUUCGUCACACCACCGCGUUCUGUACAAAUAUGAGGAACGAACACCAGCGAUUGGAAGAGGACGUAGCCGAACGGAAAAGGCUAAAAGCAAGCAUCCAAAGGGCCGAAGAUCUGAAGUCAAGACGAGAAGAAAUCCGAAUCGCCGAGAGGGAUGCCAGAGCAAAGUUCAAAGAAUCAGAAAAAGAGUGGCCAAAGAUUCUAGAAGAACGGCGGAGAUUGGAGCAAGGAAUCCUGCCCCCUGAACACCAGGCUCUAAUCAACGAAGCUAUCGAAAAUGCUCAGAAAGAAAUGGAAGAGGUCAUGGCCCAGUCGAUGGCAGAUGCGAGAAAACAACUUGACCUCGAUGGCGGAAUUCAUAAACAAGCGGUCCGGAAUGUUUUAGCAUCCGGGAAACCACGCAGUCGGAUUGCUUACGUAUUAGAAAAGCGCCGACUACUUGCCGCACAGCAGCCUACCGAUGAGGAUCCGUCCAUCUACGACAUACCUCCAGAUGAAGAUGAAGCCGAACCUAGUUCCGCGGCUGCCCAGGUGGAAACGCCAGGGGAACAUGAUGAGAUGGAAGAUGAUAUAACUGACUACACGAAUUCUGAUGCCGGGGAUGAUACCGCGGCUGCCCAGAUGGAAACAUCAGGGGAGGGUGAUGAGACUGACUACACGGGCUCUGGUGGCGAAGAAGAUGCAGAUUAUAACAAGCCCGUACAGAGAAACGGGUUGAAAUAG